AUGAUUGGUCGAUAUGCUAAGGCCAACCUGAGGAUGACCGAGGGGUGCUCGCUUGAGCAGGAGCUGUCAGUGAUCAAAGAACAAGUCCAACCUGCCAUGGCUCGUUUGAAGGAGAAUGACCUCAUUGUCCAACGAGAGAAUGAAGAAAUCGCGCAGGUCGAGGCUCAGAUUGCCGAGCUCUUGGCCCGUCGAGCCCUCAUCCUUCAGCGCCGAGAUGGUACGGUGGCGGUCGGCACCGAGCUGAAGUCUUCGGCCAGGCAAAUCCUCAAGGCGGCGACCGAGAAGAAGAGGGCAUUGGCCGAGAGGAAGUUGAUCUGGGCAAGGUGGCAGGCGGAUAUAGACAGCGGAGACAUCGCCUGGAGAAGGAUGACCUGCCUGAUCUGGGGGAUGUUUAGUGAGGGGGUCUAA